UGGCUGAACUUCUUCCUGUUUCCUGUCGUCUAUUCACACACGUGAAGGUCAGUACUAGAGCCGCAAGACGUUCAAAAUCACACAAUUAAAACUCUUAGCUCUGUUUAGUGAAGCAUGGACGGCCAGGGAGCUACCGCCGACCCUCAGCUGCAGCACUUUAUCGAAAUCGAGUCUCAAAAGCAAAGGUUUCAGCAGCUGGUGCACCAAAUGACUGAGGUUUGCUGGGAGAAAUGUAUGGACAAACCUGGGCCCAAGCUGGACUCCAGGACAGAAACGUGCUUCGUUAACUGUGUGGAGCGAUUUAUUGACACCAGCCAGUUUAUCCUGAACAGACUGGAGCAGACUCAGAGGAGCAGAGGAUCAUUCUCUGAGAGCCUGUUAGACUGACGACUUGCACUGAAAAGACUGACCAGACACGUGGUCCCUACUCUUAACGGAGGCUGCGUCCUCGCAAGUGUUUGUACAGUACGUUGCAGAACUGUCUGAUCAACUUAGUGUUGCUAAAUAUACAAGUGCCUGAGAUUAAGAUUAUGGGAAUUCAUGCAGACAGGGUUUUAAUUGUCCACCAGUUUAAUGGUAUGAGUCUUGCAAAACCCUAAGAUGCUGGUAUUAUAGUCAUGACCUUAUGUUGGUUGGGUGGUUUACUGGAUAGACUGUUGAUAUCUGCAACACCAGUGGAAGAGACUGCGACUAGAUGGACACAUCUGCAUCUGGGACUUUCAACCUGCCAGCAGUUUGACCACUAAUACAACAUCAACACAGGCACUGCUCUAAUUUAAACAAAUGAACAGUGUCUUACCUGAAUAGGCUUUAUCAACAGCUCAAGAGUCCAUAUUGUACAUACACAAUAAAAAACAAAAAGCCUCA